AACAAGGAGCACGUUGGAGUUUGAACUGAUCCGCUCCUCAUCCAUAAUCUCGGCGCCAAGCUCGAUGGCGGGCGGUUGCUUCUCUCAGCGAUCGGCACGUUGAUCGUGUCGCUGUUUUCGCCGGGUAUUAAUUAUCGCAAGGGCCGCAGGGGGGCAAAUUGAAGGAUGAGUAGCACUAAUUUGGAGACGCGUUCGCUGCUGGACGAAAUCAGAGGGUUCGAUAAUGGCGCAAUGUUUGAUCUGGGCCAUCCCCUCCUGAAUCGUGUUGCGGAAAGCUUCGUCAAAGCUGCUGGGAUUGGUGCCGUUCAAGCAGUAGCUCGGGAGGCCUACUUCACAGCGGUUGAAGGUGUAGGUCAAGAUACCACCGCCAUUCCACCUGAGAUUGGAGGCGCCAAGAAGCAUCAUUCUUUUCCUGGCCUUAGAGGCAACAGCAACAAAAACUCAUUCGAGGCUUUGAUAAAAAGCACUGGAAAAGAAUCUUUGCAAUGGGGUAAAGUAAAGCUAUUUGAUUGAUACCCCCCCCCCCAGAACACCCCUCACAAAUAGUUGUUUGUUAUGCAUUAGAGGUCUGUGUAAUUGAAGAAAUGGUUCAACAUGAUCACUUCAUCACUACCCGAUAUCCAACAAGAACCCUAACUAUAGUGGAAUCAGUAUCAUGAAAUUUAGUGUCGAUUAGUUAUCUUAAAAUACAGUAACUAACAGUUGAAAGUCUUGCAAAAAUGCAAAGUUGUUCGGUAUGCAGUAAGAUCUUACAAAAAUUGUGUGGUAUGCAGAAGUUCUUUAAAUGAUUAAAAAAUGGAGGGGGUUUACUGUUAGAGAGUUGAUGGUUGUGUUUUGUUAUCGAUAUCACGACUAACCAUGAUUACGCUAUACAUUUGAUUCACCAUGAUCACGCUAUACGUUUAAUUCACCAUGAUCACGCUAUACGUUUUUCUGCUCGUGCUAGGAUUUGCUGCAGGAAUGCAUUCUGGUCUCACGUAUGGGCUAAAGGAGGUUCGAGGAGUACACGAUUGGAGAAACAGUGCAUUGGCCGGAGCCAUAACUGGAGCAGCAUUGGCUCUCACCGGGAAAGACCACUCUCACGAGCAGGUGAUCCAGUGUGCUAUAACUGGAGCAGCCAUCUCCACUGCAGCAAAUGUCCUUAGAGGCAUUUUUUGAUGGAUGUUUUGGCUAUAUAUAUGCAUGUGUAUGUUUCUGCAUCUGCCUUAGCAUAUUCCUAGCAAGGAAGCUGUGACUUGAGGCAAAAUUGUCUUCAGAUUUUGAACUUUCAAGUUUGUCAUUUGCAUGGACUGCAGUUAU